AGCUGUCGUCCUUAUUUCCUUACUGUGACCCAGCAUCGUCAUGAAGGAACCCUAAAAAGAUCCUUAUUUACCGUGAGCCUUCUGAACCCUCCCCCAGCAAUACCCUCAAUUCUAUUUCUUCAUAUUUUUCUUUGUUACCGAUUUUCUCCGGCUUAUAGUUCGAGUUAAAUCUUAAAUGGGCAACAGAGAAAAAAAGCCAUAGUGAAAACGAUCUUCUUUCGUGGCACAAACAAUGUCCAACUCCACCGAGCAUACCCUAGAGGAAGAUCAGGGGCCUUCACGCACCGAGCAAAAUCCUAAUGACCAGAGCGACCAGCAGUCCCAGGAAUGGGAGACCAUGGCUCGUGCUUGGCUCUGCUCGUUCCCCGAGGCCAAAGCAGUCUCUAUGGACGAGGUCGAAGCUUGGAUCGACGUCAACCACGACUCUCUUCCCGAAGGAAUCAAAUCCAUGCCUCGCUCAGAUCUCUGCCAGAGGCUCAUUUCCAUCCAGAAUUGCAUGAGACUCCCCUUUCAGGAAAAAGAGGCGAGUCAGUGCGAUACUGAGAAUCCACCAUAUCGAUUUCAACGUACCGAUCAAUGGCGACCGGUCUAUUCUUGGUUAGAAUCUUUGAAUCAAAAUGAGGUAGUGAAGUCUAAAGAAAUUUCUGACUGGCUGAGUGCCAAUCCGGAGGUCCAAGAACAGUUGUGCUCUAGGCAUUCCCGAUAUCAUUUGAUGCACUACAUCAAAAAGUGCCAUAUAAAGAUAUUGAAGAGAAAGGAAAAGAAGAUGGGUUUGCAGCAGCAAAACAAAGACACUUCUCUAAAGGUUCGCAGGACCGUGGUGAUGAAACAACCAGCAGUGCUUCCAUACAGUGCUGUAAGCAAUUUACCUAAAGAUGGUGACGUGUACUUGACGAAAAGAAAGGAAGCCUAUCGCAAAUAUGAGAUUUUGGUUGAGUUGGAGAAGAUUCUUUACCCAAUUUUCUCAAAGCCUCAGCUGUAAAGUAACGAAGCAAUCUUGAAACGGCAAACAUAUGCCCACAGAUCAAUGUAUGCAAACUCAGAAGUGUCAUGCUGGUUGCCCUUUGUUGAUAACAUCUUUCAUAAUUGACGACCGAAGAUUCUCUCCAAUGCAGCUCAAAAAUCCUAGGGAAGUUUCCGUCCUGCUUGUAGAGACAAUGAGGGACAAAGUGUUAUGCCUCUUUGUUCAAGAAGAGGCCUUAAGAAAGAUGGCUUCUUGUACAGUUGUCUUUGAUGCAAGGAGUUUUGAGAAAACGAUAAGUAGGGAUUUUCUCAAUCCACACCAAUCUAUAGACUCAUGAAUGGUUUCCAUUAGCAAGUUCGAUAUGUUACUAGCUAUCAAAUGAUAUAGUCUGCCAAAUUAGAUCCCAGUUUACAGUUAAUAUAAAGGAUUACCAUCAAUUAAAUGAGGUAAGUUUAAUA